CAUCACCCGAAUGUUGACAACAAAAACAUGUGCUACUUCCGGUAGAAAAGAAAUUGAAAAUGGCUACGAGUGCAGGGGACUGGUGUUUGAUAGAAAGCGACCCAGGGGUUUUUACGGAACUCAUUAGAGGAUUUGGUUGUGAGGGGCUUCAAGUAGAAGAGUUAUGGAGUUUAGAUUCUACGAGUUUUGAAAAUCUCAAACCGGUGUAUGGCCUGAUAUUCUUAUUUAAAUGGCAGCCGGAAUCUGAACCAGAGGGAACAAUUGUUCAGGACAGUCGCAUUGAGAAAAUUUUCUUUGCAAAGCAGGUUAUAAACAAUGCCUGUGCUACACAGGCAAUCCUAAGUGUUCUUUUGAACUGUCCAGAGAGUGAUGUCAAAGUAGGUCCGACCUUGGCCCAGUUUAAAGAGUUUGCCCAGGCUUUUGACCCUGCUCUACGGGGACUGACUCUCAGCAACUCGGACACUAUUCGUGAGGUACACAACAGUUUCUCAAGACAGCAGAUGUUUGAGUUUGAUGAGAAGGCGGCCAAAAAGGAUGACGAUGUGUUCCACUUUGUGAGUUAUCUCCCCAUUGAUGGGCGGCUGUACGAAUUGGACGGACUCAAAGAGGGACCAGUAGACUUAGGUGCCAUUCCUUCAGACACAGAUUGGCUGGAUGUGGUCAGGCCUGUAUUGGAGAAAAGGAUGCAAAAAUACAGCACAGAUGAAAUUCACUUUAACCUGAUGGCUAUAGUGUCUGAUAGGAAAGCCAUGUACCAGAAGAGGCUGCAAGAGCUACAAUCGCGGGGUAUGGAGGUCGAGGAGGACCAGCUGGAGAUGAGUCAGCUGAUGGUCAAAAUCCAGGAGGAGGAUGCUAAGAUGAAGAGAUACAAGGUUGAAAAUGUGAGAAGGAAACACAAUUACCUCCCUUUUAUUAUGGAACUUCUGAAGAUAUUAGCAGAACAGAAGCAGUUACUGCCCUUAGUAGAAAAGGCAAAAGAAAAAGCAGCUAAAAAGAAGUCAGAGGAAGUAAAAUAGAAGACUAGGAUUCCUGUUGUCACUAUAGGACUGCACUGCCUAAACAUUGAAACAUUUCACUCCUUUCAUUUUCACCUCACACAGAAUCAUCCAUGCGUUGUGAGUGGUCACCCAAGUUCAAAGCUUUCAGCAAACAUUUUCUAUUUGUUUUCUGGGAAAAGUUUGUACCCUCAGAGGAUGUCAUCUGAAGGCACACCCCUCUCAGAUAUCUGAAGAGUACUUGUACAUUUGCAAUGUCAUGGGCUGUAAUACAUUAUGUGUUCUCGACCAGUCAAUGUGGUUCAAAUUCUCACAAUAAUCUUAACACUUAGCAGUAACAAAUGUUCUUUACUCAAUUUACAUGCAUAGCAAGCUCAUUUUCUGAAUGAUAUUGAAUAUAUUAGAGGUUAAGUCAAUCAAUUGAUUCAUUAUUUAUACACUUUAGUUGUCAUUGUUAUAGUUUAAGCAAUCAGAUUCUUAUUAUUCUUGUCUUUUUUUCCUCUGUAAUUUUUUUUUAUUUUUGACUUUGUUAUACAUUCUUGUUGAUUAUACAUUUGUACAAUGCCAAUAUACAAGUAACACCUGUAAUUGACCAGUAGUGCUUUGUUCCACGCAGAUGUAAGUAGAGUUUGUUAUUGUUGUUGUAAUUUUGUAAAAAUACAAACAAACAAACAAGUAUGCUUUGUGUGUGUAUAUUUUGAAAUUGAAAUUUUAAAAUAUAGGUGAGACUGUG